AUGGCGAUCACACGCGCCUCCUUUGGCCUUUGCCUCCUCCCUUCUUUGGCUACCAUUGCCACUGCCAAUUAUUACGCUCCCUCAUCUCCACCGGUUUAUACUCCACCGGUUCAUAAACCCACGUUUCCACCUCCAGUUUACACACCACCUCCCCACAAACCCACCAUUCCACCUCCGGUGUAUACUCCACCGGUUCAUAAACCCUCGCUUCCACCUCCGUUUUACACUCCACCACUCCACAAGCCAACUCUCCCACCUCCGGUUUACAUUCCACCAGUUUACAAGCCCACCCUCCCACCUCCGGUUUACACGCCACCGGCCAAGCCAACUCUCCCACAUCGGGUUUACUCACCACCCGCCUACAAGCAUACUGUCCCGCCUCCAGUUUACACACCAUCGGUUUACAAACCUACACUCUCAGCUCCGGUUUACACUAAGCCUACUCUCUCACCUCCGGUUUACAAGCCCUGCCCCCUUCCUCCGGUCUACAAAAAGUUUCCAAACUAUUCUCGUCCUCCUCCAUACGUAUCAAAACCAACCUACAUGCCAUACGUCCCAAAUAUCAUUAAAGCCGUUGAUGGCAUCAUCUUAUGCAAAAACGGCUACAAAACGUACCCAAUUCUAGGAGCAAAGGCGAAGAUUGUGUGCUCGGAACCAGGAUCAUAUGGGAAGAACAAGAACGCGGUUGUGGUCUACAGCAAUCCGACUGACUCUAAGGGAUACUUCUACGCAACACGGCUCUGCUUCUACGUGGCGUUGACCCACAUUAAGGACCUAUCUUACUGUCGUGUCAAGCUCUACACUUCAUCGAUCAAGACUUCCAAGAACCCGACCAAUGUCAACAAGGGUCUCACCGGUCGUGUCAAGCUCUAA